AUGGUUGAAAUAUAUAAUAAUAAUUCAUCAUCAAAUUUAUCUAAAACCAAUCAAUUAUUAGAAUCAUUAGCAAGUUUAAAAUUUACAGCAACAUCACCAACUUCAUCACCAAUAUCUCCAUCACCACUUUUAAUAUAUAGUACAAAUAAUAGUAAUAACAAUAGUAAUGUUAUUCAUAAAUGUAUAAAUAAUUAUCAAGAAUGUAAUAGUUUAGUUUGUACGAGUAAUUGUAAUAGUAAUAAUAAUAAUAAUAGUAAUAAUAAUAAUAAUAGUAAUAAUAAUAAUAAUAAUAAUAAUAAUAAUAAUAAUAAUAAUAAUAAUAAUAAUAAAAGUAAUAGUAUAAUUAUAAGUAGAAGAAGUAAUUUAAAUAAUAGUAUAAUGAAUAAUAUUGUUCAACGUGAAAAUAAAAAUAGUAUUAUUAAUUGUGAUGUGGAGAAUCCAUCUAAUAAUGAAGAUUUAGAGGAUUCAUUCGAUAGUCUUUGUAUAAGUGGAAAUAGUAAAAAGGUUUUAAAAAAGUUUUCAACGUAUUCACCUUCUCGUGAUAACACUAAAUCAAAAGUUUUUUCACCAAUACUUCAUAGAAGGGUUGUUAUAUCUUCUUCACCAUCAAAUUUAUCAAAUUUUAUGAAAUUAUAA